CCUGAACUGUGCCUCCGUGGGGCCCUCUUUCUGUUCACUGUGGUAGGUGUCAGGGCUCCUUGGAGCCCUGUGUUGGACCUUUUCCCUCUCUACCUGAAAUCAGGAAGGAAGCCCAGUACCCGUGCCCCUUGCAGGACUGUUGACACACUGUAUCCUGUGACUGUCUUGCAAGUGGUGACUUGACUCACAUAAAGUGAAUCAGCCACUUAUUGCCUACAACAGUGGUUUUCAAACAGGGUUCCCAGGAGUUCCAUGGUUCCAGCUGGCCCUGUCAGAGGCAUCAGGGAUGGAGGGCAUUCAAGGAGGGGAGAGCAGGGUCCGGCCCUCCUCUGGCCUCGGUCAAACAUCCCCACUUUCCUCUGGUUUUCGCCUUGGGCUUCCCUGAAAUCUAGCAAAGGCUCCACGGCCCUCAGAGCACAGCCCAGUUGUGGAGGUGAGACCGGCAGCGUGAGUGGUUUUACAGUCCCCGAGCAGGUGGAAAUGCACGAAGUUCAAUACUGCACCCACAGAGCAGCUGUUAGGGUGGCUCCAGGUCCAGACAGCUCUUGCCUUUGGGUACGGAGGGGACCUCGUGCUCGCAUGGACCAGAAAGGCCAGCAGAGGGCAGCAGAGGCUUGGCCAUCAGCAGCGCUUGGCUGCCUUGGGACUUGCCUCCAAGAGACUGUGUGUGGGACAGUGUGCCGGGAGGUGGACAGGCAUGUGUGUGCAAGUAUAGGUGUGGGGGAGUGUGUGCAUGUGUGCUGUGUGCAUGCUGAAGUGUGUGUGUUGUGUGCAUGUGUGUGUCAUGUGUUCUGCUUGUCGUCAUUGUUUCCUACUUCACAACAUGUCUUUGUUUGGUGCUGGGGCUUGAUUCCCUUGAAUGUACGUGGCGGUUUAUUUUAUCUUUCCGCCAUUUGCAAACAUCUCAGUUUCUCUUUCUCGGUGUUAUAAGAUGCUGCACUGAAAACCUUUGGGGUACGUCUUAUAUACAUACACAUAUACAGUGCCUCUUAUGCAUUACACAUGCCUGUCAGAGGUAUUUCCACACGUAGAAAACGCAGGUCCAGGGGUAGGUGCCCUUCACACCACGUGUUUUGCUAACAUGCCCCCUCCUGGUGGGCUGCACCGGCCUAACUGUGCACUGUCCGCCUGCCUCUGCCUCCGCCUCCUCGGGCAUCCGCUUGCUCCUAGGGCAUAGAACUGUGCACUGAUCGCUGUGCGCUCCUGCCUGAGGCACGUCGGGGUCCCUCCCAGUUACCGCGGUCAAGCUCGCACAGGUUUGUGUCCCGCUGUCCAUUGCCUUCUGCCGGUUCCCCAGGCUGUGGUUUACCUCUUGACUUGCCGAUAGUUUUUCAUGCAGAAGUUUUUAAUUUUUAAGUUGUGACAUUCAUCACUUUUUCCCUUUGUGUCAUAAUUUUUGGGUUAUUUGUUCUUUUAUCUUUCACUACCCAGUAGGUUAAACGUGGCCUGGUUUUGUUUGUGUCUGCUAUUAGUAGUCAUCUUUUCGUGUGCUUAUUGGCCAUUUAAAAUUGAGUGUGUCUGUCUGUGAGUGUGUGAUGUGUGUGUGUGAACUGUCAGCUUGGUCUUUGGCCUGCUUUCUAUCUGGUUUUUCUUUUUCUUCUCUUCUCUUUUUCUUACCUUCCAGCUGGUGUGCAUAUUACGCUGUGACCCCGUGUCGUUUGUAUUGCAGAUUUUCUCAGCUUGUCACGUCUUUUAACUUGUGCAAUGGACAAAUUUUGUGUGUGUGUAUAACUUAGAUCUCUUUUUACACUUAAUGGCUUUUAGAUUUAUUGCAUGUUCAGGAAGGCCUGCCCCAACCCCAAGGUUGUUUUUGAAAAGAAGCCCCUGUAUUUUCCUUUAGGCCUUCCGCAGGUCGGACUUUCUUUUGCGUCCUUGGGUGUUAGCAGUUCCUCUGUGGUGUGGCGCAGUGGAGACCAGGCUGCCGGGUUCCAGCAUCACUGACUGCCUGGCCUCUCGAGCCAAUGUGACAGCUCUGUCCCGGGGGGAGUCGUCCUGCUCUGGCCCUUGACUUGGCUUUCCUGAGCCCCUGGUGCAAGUGCCUGGCAGAGUCUUCAGAUCUUCUUAGUUUGCUUUCACGUUGAUCUCUCUGAGUGGAAUGUAGACACACUGCCAGCCACUCCGUAGUAGUCUACUGAGCCCCGGAUUGAAACAGCCUUAAACGUGCAGCUGUCUGGGGCCAGCUCCACGCACGGAGCUUCUCCUGUGAGGCAUCUUGGCCCAUCACUGAAAGCCAGCACUUUUUGAAUCCUGGUCUUUUGUCAAAUUAGUUCUUGUAUGUUUCCCUGGGGUUUUGUUUGUUUGCUGUUUUCCCAUUACAUUUUAAAAGCAGCAUCUCCAGCUUCCAGGAAGGGGUCAGAUUCUGGUGUUGCUCUUUCUGCCGGCUGUUCGUCGGAGUCGGGGUGUGCACAGAGGCCAGCCUGGGCCGCAGCUCCGGGCUGCGGAGGGAGGGAGCCCAGGCGCAGCGGGUCCUGCGGCGCUCUGAGAGCAGGCCCUGGGCACGGCCGCUCCUCUGAGACCAGGUGCCGGGGCCGCAGCCGCUUGGCCGGGAAGACACGGCCCCAGAUAUUUUGGUCAGGAAAGAAACUGCAGUGUUUAUUUUCUUCAGAAAAAAACAUUUAGAAGAUUUUUUUUUAAAAAAGCUCUCUCGUUUAGAAGGAAUCUAGGUAUGUUAUUGUUUAAGAAAAAAAGUGUUUGCAAUGUAUCAGUCACCCGUUUCGUUCUGAGCAUGAUUUAUGUGAGGAAAUGGCUUUUUUAAAAAUUAAGCUGGAGAUAUAUCCCUGUACGAUGCUUCUGUGAAAAUGCGGCUUUUGUCCGCGGCUGUUAAUGCAAGUUGUAACAGUGCGAUACGGGAGUCAGUGUUUACAUGUUACAUUCCUCCCCGCAGUCAAAAUAAGCCCGGAGGGUCUACAGUAGCAUUUCUGUAUUUUAUCAGCUUGGGCUGGGGCUGAGGGGGAGGCCUCCGCUCACACUUGGAGGGGCUGUUUCUGCCAGAUUUAUUUGCCUUAUAAAUAUUCCCUGUGUUUAUUUUAACUCGCCUUUAGAAUGGAGCUGAAAUUAAUAUGGACCCCAGGGCUGCCCCCUGGCCCGGAGUGCUUCCCGCGGCCGGGCGGGACGUUCUACUUGGCCCCAUCCAUCAGGCCCGCCGGUGGCCGAGGGUGCCCAGCAUGCCUGGCCUCCGCCUGCAGUGGGCACCAUCUCCCCUGGCCAGCUCCCCAAGGCCUGAGGGAGGCUUUGAUGGGCAUGCCGGGCCCCAGUCCCUUGCAGGUUCUGCAGCAUGCACAGGGCACCACCUCCUCGCCACAAGGGGGCUCGGGCAGGGCGUGUCUGUGUGGGGCACAGGGCCCAGUCACUUCAGACCUGGCGAGUCGAGCCCACGGUGGGGCUGUGUGCGGACUCGGAUACCUGGCCCCUUCUGUCACUAAAUACUCUACCCUAAACGCCAGCCAAAUUGCAAACCUGGGUCCCUUUGUUCAUAAGAUUGUGCCACAUAAGCGUGCCCAUCGGGAAAUCGUGGAGAAUCCGCUUGUGUAUCACAACUCCAAGUUCUUGCGGCCCUGUGGCCUCCUGGGGUCGUCCACGCCGCCUUUGCCCCUGCAAGUCAUCGUGCUGUGUGGAGCCCGCGGCCACAGAGGCAUCCCCCUCAGAGGCCAGCAGGAGCCCCUGCUGCCUCUGCUCCCGCCAGGGCUGGGGAGCCCAGGGCUGAGAGGGCACAAGGGCCCGCGAGCCCAGGGGUGGAAGGCAGCCCGAAACUCCACCUUCACCCCACAGUUGGCCUGGUGUGGAAGCCCUGGAGGUCAGUGUAGAAAACCCCAGCAGACACGGUGUAGGCAUGCGCCCCCCAGUGGGCGAGCAGACCCUGAGCAGCACGCAGCCUUGCCGCCCCGAGGCUGGCCUUGUCUGCGACCUGUUUGCCUUUUCCCUCCUCUGGUUUCUUCACUUUUCUGUGGAAAUGCAGGACAGGCUGAAGAAGUGAGGAGGAUUCUGGAGGAAGGACAGGGGCCCCUGGGCAGGUAGCAGGAGCCCCUUUGGAAGGAAUGCUGAGGGGAGGAACGGCCACUCCUGGAAGCUGCCCCCCGCCAGUGGAGAGAUGGGAGCACAGAGAGGGUGCACAGCUCGGGGCGGGGCAGGGUGGGGGGGGAAGGCUUGGAGGUGACAUGCAGCCCAGCUGUUCAGCCCAGCCACCCCCUGGCAGGUGGAGGGAGCGGGGUGGGCCUACUCCCCGAUUCCUUCACUGAGGAGGAGGCAGGCCCUGGGUGUCUGGAUCCAAGCGCACCCCGCGCAACCUGGCUCCGCCUCCAUCCCACGCCUGCUGAUCUCCUUGCCCGCCUGGAGGGCCGCCUCCCUGCCAGGCUUCUGCAGCCAGGCCGCCUGCUGGGGGCUUGGGCCUGGCUGCCCAGCCUGCCCAGGCCAGGAUCCUCUGGUCCCCGCCUCCUGUGACUCUUCAGGUGCCCUAACAGUGGGAAACCGAGGUCGCUCUCCUGCAGAUGCCCUCACUCCCUGGCGGCAGCAACAAGGACGUGAAUGAGGCCGGAGCCACCUGGGGUGGCUCUUCCCCCACGUUGGACCUACAGGCGACUGAGUUGCCAUUUCCAGAUAACAGCCAGGACCCAGUUGUUCUGCUGCCCACCCAGGUAGCCCGGGUGCCCUUGAAGGGCUGCAGAGCGAGGGACUGCCCCACCCCUCCCGCGCUGCCCCACCUGUGCGCCAGCCUGGCCUGCCCACUCUCCUCGGCUGUGUCCCAGCCCGCCCCUUCCUCUCGUGGGCCCAGGGCUCUGGGAGGCAGCGGCAGCCUUGUGACGGGCGGACUCUACGCGGCCUGCAGAGGUGGCUGUGGAAGGAGCUUUCAUUUGACCCUUAUUGUUAAGUCCAGAAGCCAACCAGCACUGUAAUCAUUUUUCUCUCUUUCUAAAUGUGAGAGGGAGAAGUAAAUUUUAUCUCGCGAAGAACCAUAGCCAUUUAUUUAGGAAAACUCACUGUGGCUUUUUGCAUUUUCUGUUUAACCUCCACAUUCGUUUGGUGUGAUAUCCCGUGUCCAGAAAAGGAGGGACCAGCCAUCUGCUGGGACUUGGCUACCAGCUGGUUAAAGCCGUUGAGCGUCCCAUGCGUGUCCCUGUGGCUGAGACGCAUAGGGCGCAGAGGCUGAGGAAUGCACCUCCUCGAAGUGGCAUGAGUCCCAGGGCCAGAGCCUCAGGGUGGCAUCUGUUACAGGGCCGGAACAUAGAGGCUCUGGCUGGUGGUGGUGGGCCCAGCGUCAGGCCCUAGCGGGGAGGGAUGGAGCCGGCAGUCCCAGGCAAGCUCAGAGCCAGCCCCACCAGGGAGGAGGCCUUGGGGCCCCCCGCCCCCUGUGCUGCCUCCCUGGGGCACCUGGGCUUGGCAGCCCGUUUGGCAUUUCCUGCACUGGUGAGACUGCCAAGGGGCCCACUGCCGCUGUGAGCCCUCACUUUGUGUGGGUGUCCCCUUGGGGAGUGGAUCAGGGGCCUUCAAACUCGAGAGGCAGGUGGAGAGCUCUUUAAGCUGAGGCUUCAUGAGCCUGAAGUAAGUCUUUUGUUUCUGCUUCCUCCCCCUUCAGAUUUUGAACAAGAAAGCCUGCCGUGUGAUCAGGCUAAGCCCCUCGUAGUUAUACCUUCGCAUAACACGUUCACACACCAACAAGCACAGAGAGUGGAGCUGCCCAGAACACACAGACAAGUGAGUCAGGCUGUGAGGGUGCAGGUGGUGACUUCCAGCGUGGGCCGGUGCCCCUGUCUCCGUCUCUCGACGUACUGAUAAGGCGAGUUAUCCAGCCCUCGGGCUCACUCGGGCCCUGCCCCCAGGCCCCACAAGCUGGUCCCUAAUUUCUGUGGCUGCCAGCACCACUGUCUUCCAUGGUCAUCCAGGCCAGGGGUCUCCAGCGGCCAGGGUAGGCUGAGCUGUAGUUUCAAGGCUACCUGUAAAAACAACACGGUGGCCUGGUCUCUGGUGCCCUCCACCCCUCGGGAUCUGGGGGCUGUAGUAUCUGUCUCCAUUUUUGCUCCAGCAUCUUGCUUUAGCCCAUCUGAAGAGAGUUCUCUGGUUGGGUUCUUGGAUCCUGCAUUCUUCAAAGAAUAAUCAUUAUUUGAUAAAUUGAGGGGAGCGCAGAGUGUUGGUAAUCUUUGCUCAUGAAGACAAGAAGAGGCCCAAAGUUACCCUCAGCACAAGCGGGAUGCCCGCUCGUGUGUGAGGUUCCAGUCACACACGUUCGGUCAAGGACACCCACAGAGGAAUGGCUGGCUGGCGCCUGCCUCCUCCCAGAUGAGCCCUCUGUCGGUGACUCAGAGCUGGUGGCCUGAGGGGUGGGGGCACCAUGACUUUGAGGUGGGAGUGGGAGGCCCAGGGUGCUGAGGGGGCUCCGUGGGAGGAGCUGGGGAUUUGGCGCCUGCCGGCCCUGCCUCUCUGUCUACCUCCCUGUCCGUGUAGUACAGGAGGUUGGGGAGGCACCCGUGGGCUGCAGAAACAAAAUGUUUUUGUCAAAAUCAGGAGACCAUGUUGCUGCCUUGGAUAGGGCAGUGGUAUGAGCGCCUGGGCUGUCCUGUAGGCUGCGGGCUGUACCCAGCCCACUCGCGCAGGAGGGUCUGCUCUACAGAGACAGGGAGGCUCUGAGACAGGCAGGGGUAGCCCAUGUGGUGACAGAGGGGCUCCACCCGGCCCCUGCACAGCACGUCUGCCCACGAGGCAGUCGACCCCCGCCAUCCCCACUACUAGAAGCAGGGAGCAGAGGCACUGAGUGUGGGCACUGAUGCUUUUACCCAACCUCGUUCUUACAUUUAGGGCAGGAUAUUCAAAGCGGCUGAAGACUGUUUGUAUUUUAAGUAACUCAUAAUUUCAUAUCUUAAAGAAAGGCUUAUACUUUUCACCAUGGGCAUCCAGUUCCAGAAAGGUCAGCUUUCGUAGUUUUGAAAAUGUACCUACACGUAGACGUUUGUGUUAUAUAUGCAUGUGUGCACCCACGUGUUGGUUCUUAGGCAUUGCCAGCCAUGUGGAGUCCCGAGUGCAUGUCUGCGCUCCUGGUGGGUGGGUCCCAGCAUCCCCCUCAACUUCCUCACAAGCCGAGCUUGUCCACUCAGUCCAGAUGUGAAACCUGGUGCCUCUGUCCCCAGCUCCUGCGAGGAGGCCGUGUGCCAGCUGCUUCCCGCAGGGCACCUGCAGGGCUGCUCCAUGGGGUGCGCCGCUUUCUGAAUGGAUUAUCUCACUAGUACCUGCCGGGAUUAGUGCUGACACUGCGCUUAUCCAUCCUGACAUCGCCUCCUCUGCUCAAAGGCUGGAGGGGUGAUCUGACAAGCCCACCCACACGUCGCUGCCUGAGCUGGAGUUUCCAUUCUGUGUUAGGUUCUGUGCACAUGUGUGUGUGUGCAUGCGUGUGCAUCUGUGUGCAUGUGUGUGCGCAUGCAUGAAGUGUCUGGAGCUGAAUAACAGGAGGGGAUUGAUACUACAAGGGCAAUUUUUUUUUUUAAAGAUUGGCACCUGAGCUAACAACUGUUGCCAGUCUUCCUCUUUUUUUUUUCCUGCUUUUUCUCCCCAAACCCCC